GAAGUUUGUCUACAUCCUCCCACCCGUUCAUCUGUCUGUCUGCUGAGGAGAGAUGGAGCUUUUGCCGUUUCUUAUUUCACCUAAAAGCCCCAGAGAUUCAUAUCUGCCCUUGUUGGCCAAUCACAGGUCCAGCUCUGUUAACAGCACCUGGGAGCCUGAUGGCGUCACUUUCUUCAUCAUCCAGGGCCUCGCUAACAUCGGUAAGGAGGAAAGGAUAAUCCUUUUUGUCAUCCUGCUGCUGGGCUACAUCAUCAUCCUGGGAGGAAACAGCAUGAUCAUUUAUGUGGUACAGAACACUGCUCUCCAUUUAGUUAUGGCAAUUNNNAUACUCUACACCACCACCACCAUCCCCAAAAUGCUGUCUGGCUUCCUGACAGACAUGAAUACCAUUUCCGUCGUGGGUUGCUUCCUCCAGAUGCAUUUUGUCAUACAGCUAGGGGUUACUGAAAAAGCCAUCCUGACUGUAAUGGCGUACGACCGCUACGUUGCCAUCUGCAACCCUCUGCGCUAUGCCGCCAUCAUGACCCGGCCCGUCCAGCUGCUCCUCAUCGCAGGAGCCUGGGGCUUCAGCAUAUUCUGCACAUUGCCAGCCACCUCCAUGAGCUGGCAGCGGCCUUACUGCGGCCCCAACGUGGUGAAGAAUGGCUGGUGCGACCCAUCAUCUGUCAGGCGGCUGGUGUGUGCUGACACCUCUGUGGAUAAUAUUGUGUCCUUGUCCUGUGCCAUAUUGGCCCUACUGACCACAGGAGUUCUCAUCCUCACCUCAUAUGUCCUGAUUGGUCUUUCCAUGUUGAAGAUGGGUGUUGCUCAGAGGCUGAAGGCCUUCGGGACGUGUGCCACUCACCUAACUGUGGUGUCCAUCGCUUACAGCUCGGCCUCAUGUGUAUACAUCUCCUACCGGGUGGUAAACUUCUCAUCAGAGGUUCGUAUCAUUGUGGCUGUGCUGUUCACCGCUCUAACUCCUUUACUAAACCCGAUGAUCUACAGUCUGAGGAACAAGGAACUGCGAGAGUCAAUCAGAAGAACUAUGCAUAGGUUCAGAAUUGCUACUGUGUUACGCACGAAGGAUGUCAACACAGGGUCCUGGAUGGGAAACCUGCCAACUCAACAUCCAGGGGUCCUGUAG